CGCACUCUUUCACGUCUCUUCAUCCCUCUAAACCCUCAACUAUCAUCUUCUAAUUCAGUGAAGGGAGACAACUUGCUAUCGCUGCCGCUUGUAAGCUUCUGGAAGUAUGACAAGAGGAAGAGGCACUAAACGUAGUUGGGGAGGUUGUGGGAGCAUAUCUAAUAAAGGGGGAGGAGGCUACCAACAACUACCGAACACUUCUCAGGCAGAUAUUAGUGAACCAUCAACCCCUACAUCUCAACAGGUCAGUUCAAGCCAACACAUCGACUCGUUUCAUGAAAGUAGUUUUUGGCAGCUUGCACAUACGUCUCAAAAUGUCCCUAAUCAACCAACAAAUUCUGCUUCUUUGAAUAUUGGUCGUCAACAAGCACCUCCUUCUUCUCAGAAUGUUGGUCCUCAACAAGAAACUCCUCAAGAUAUUUCAACUGAACAAACACUUGUAUCUUAUGGAAGUUGUAAUCCACAGACAAGACGAGAUACUAUUUGUGGCAUAAGAUCCUUGAAAGUAAACAGAGAUACAUUUUGCCCACAUGAAGUUGUUCGAGAUGUAACAAUAGCCUUUAAGAAAAGCUUCAGUGGAUCAUGGAAUUGUUGGAGCAAAGUUCCGGAGCAUGUACAAGACAGAUGGUUUAAUGACUUCGAGAAAAAAUAUUCCUUUACUAGCGAGGACAAAGUUUUUAUUCGAAGGACUUUUGAGCAUGUGGGGAGUGAAAGGUUAAGUGACAGUUUGGGAAAAGCAAAAAGACAAUUUUCAAAAACAAAGAAAAUGCCCGGAUGGAUUACUAAAGUUCACUGGGAUGCUUUGAUGCAAUAUUGGGAAUCUGCCGCUUUUAAAAAAAAAUCAACAAUCAACUCCAAGAACAGAAUGUCGUCUAAUAAUGGAGAAGGUCCUUCCUUGCAUACUGGAGGAUCAGUUGCAUUUGCCGAGUACAGAAGAAGACAUAAGGAGUUAACGGGGAAAGAUCUUCGUAAUGAUGAACUGUUUCUGAAGACUCACAGAACCAAAAAUGACAAAAAGUGGAUAUGUGGAAAGUCAGAAAGAAUGUGGAAUACAUUUACAGAGGUUAUUAAGGAGAAGGUAGGUGAAACUUCAACAUCAAGGAAUGAAGAAGGUUUUGAAAUAGAUGAUGGAGACAUAGACAUAAACAUGACAACAAAUAAAGAUGAGGAAGGAGAAAAAACUAGCGAAGACAAUGUUGUGGAUUUAUUGAAAAGUAUACCAGACGAAAACCUACUGAAAACUUGGAUUGAAACAGUUAGAGGAGCAAAAAAAGGAAGAAUAUAUGGACUUGGUCCAAAAACUUGUCUUCUGGCGGAUUCAGUGAAGGCUAAUUGUGCAUCCUCUAGUGCUCCUAAUCCUCCAAAUAUUCCCACCCAACAAGUGUUUGAAUCACCCGAAUUUCAGCAACUUCUUAAUCGUGCAUUGGAUCAGUGGAUGGAGAAUAUGCAGGCCGAUAUGCAAGCGGGUAUUCAGGAAGAUAUGCGAGAAGAAGUAAAAGCUGCGGCUCGUGCUGUCGUGCGUGAGGUGCUUGGUUUAACUCAACCACCACCAAAUGGCUUUGGUUCUUCCCCCAACAUAUCUUAG